AUACUCCGAGAAAUCCGAGGAAGGGGGUGUUUGUGCGGCGAGGGGAGGCGGAAGAGAGCCGUGUGUUAGAACCAGGAAAAACCUGCGGGAAACGGGGGGGAAAAAACGGCAACAUGAAAAAUCAUUAUGUGUCCGUGGCGGAGGAAGCGAAGAGUCCGCAUAGACAAUUAUAUAAAUAAAUUGCUGCCGGGCAGGAGGGAGAGGUGGAGAGAGAGACGCGUUUAAAGAGAAGGGGGGCAAUCUCCAUCACAAAGAGUCAACCCGAGGAUUUGGAGAGAUUUUCCGGGGGUGUCAACAUCAUCGUGCCGAUCCGGAGCUUUCCGCUUCCGAACAGCCAUCACCUCUCGCCGCCACAUUUUAUCACAUUUUCUCCCGUCGCCUCCGCCGCGCUCCUGUCCCUUCUUUUUUUUUUGAGAAUUUUUUUUUUUUAUUACGCGCUUUUCUGUUCCUCUUCGGCUGCAUGACCAAUACCUCCAGCGACCGACAAGUAUAUAGACCCAUGUUUGUGCUCCGGAGGAGGGGGGGUGGUGUUUAACUGUUUUUUAAUAAUAUCUGGGAGUUUUACAUCGAGCGGAGGAGGAACCUCAUCUGGAGCCCCCCCACACGCCGUCCUCUGCAAAAUACAACUAAUUGGAUCAAUCUGACUGGCCACUGAUUGCCAAUUAGCGCUGUGAUUUAUUUUCACGUUAUUGCAUCAACUGCACAGGAGCUGUGAUUUCUUAUAUAUAAUUUUUUUUUGUCGGUUUGCAAGCUUUUGUAUUUUCGACCCCCGCUGACUGCAAAAGGGGUUUGCAACAACCAAGUGUGCAAUACGAGUGUGUUCUCCCUGACCCAGUGCCUUGCAUGGUCAAACACUAAGUGCACAUUCUAGUCUGCAUGCACAUGCAACUGAGAAACUCCACGUUUAGGAGAAGACAUCUGCAAUAGAUGCUCUUUUUACCCGAGUGAUUGCAACGCGUGGGAUUUUUUUCUGCCUCCAUCUCUUUGCCAAACCAAUACCGACUGCCUUCUUGGUUUGGGAACAUAAAGGAAUCUGUGGCAGGGAGAUGUCUGCUCAGGUAAAGAAAAGCUCACAGAGGAUCUCAUAACUGUUGCAUGAGAUAUCUGCCUCCAGAAGUUAACACGGGACAACUCCUGGCUUUUUCUUUUUGGGAGCACAGUUUCCAUUUUGCAGCGACACACUCCUGGAGCGUUUCAGGUGUGAAGUAGAGGGUUUCUCCGCCGACGAUGGCGGGCAGGACUGCGUGCACCAUGGAGGACGGAUCUUGGGACAGUCUAGCGUCGUAGAGGAGGCUACAUGAGGUUGUCAGAGGGCCGCACGCUUGCCUUUUUGCCGACUCCACGUUCCCACCUCCUCCACCUCAAAUCUGUGAAGAAACGAAAUCUCCGCCAGGGGAGGGGGACUGAUAUCUGCAGAGAGGACUGAACCGAGAGGGAAGGAGUCCAGUCCCGCUGUCUUCUCCCCUACCGUCCCCCGAGCGGUGGGGGAACGAUCAGAAGAUCUUCUUUAAGGCACAAGGAGACUCAAAUUAGGGGAAAUACGUUUGCCCUCCGUGGACCUACUGCAUUUUUAAUUCGUCAAAAAUAUGGCCGAUAAUGUCCUGGAGUCCGGCCCGCCUUCAGCUAAGAGGCCCAAGCUGUCCUCUCCGGCUCUCUCCGUGUCUGCCAGUGAUGGAAAUGAUUUUGGUUCAUUCUUUGACCUGGAGCAAGACCUCCCAGAUGAGCUGAUCAGCUCCUCGGACCUGGGUCUGACCAACGGAGGGGAUGCCAGCCAACUCCAUACCAGUCUCGGAGGUAUCGGAGGAGGGAUUGGUUUGGGAGGAGGCCAUGAUGCAGCUGCCAAACACAAACAGCUGUCUGAACUCUUGCGAGCUGGAGCCCCAUCACAGCAGGGUGGCCCCACUUCCAACAGCAAUGCACCUGGGGCUUCCAUGGGGAUGAUGGGGGUUUCACCGGGUGGACCUCAAUCCAUGCCCCCCCAGGGCCAGCAGCAGCAACCUGGAUUAAUGCAGCAGGUUGGGAUGGUUGGAGGGAUGGCAGCUCACAAUCGAGCAGCUUCCAUGAUGGGUAACCAGAAGGGUAACACUGGACAGCAGGGGCUGAUGGGGGGGCAGGUGAUGAAUGGCUCGCCGAGAAUGGGUUACCCUGGCAAUGGAGGCAUGGGCAACAGUAGUAACCUGUUGGCGGAAACCCUGCAGCAGGGGCCUAUGGGACCAGGGGGUCAAGCAGGGAUGAGACCACAGCAACCUGGAGCACUGAACAAGAUGAGUAUGAUGGCCAAUGCGGGCCCCUAUGGUGGUCCGUACGGCCAAUCUGCUGGCCAGGGGCUGCCUGGAGCAGGGCUGGGCCCGCAGCUCCAGAAUAAGGCAGGCAUGCCCAACAAUAUGGCCAAUCAGUUCAACAUGGACAAGAAGGGGCCACCGGGUCAAGGCAUGUCUGGGAUGCCCUCUCAGCAGCAGCAACCUGGAGCGGUUGGCGGCGUGUCUGUCGGUGGAGCAGCAGCAGCAGUGGGGGGGCCGCAGGUUGGGCUCAAUGUUGUAGGGGCAGGUCCCGGGACAGCGCCUCCUACUGCAGACCCUGAGAAGCGGAAGCUAAUUCAACAGCAGCUGGUGCUCUUGCUCCACGCACACAAGUGCCAGCGGAGGGAGCAAGCCAACGGCGAAGUGCGACAGUGCAACCUGCCGCACUGCCGCACCAUGAAGAAUGUGCUGAACCACAUGACUCAUUGCCAGGCUGGCAAGUCCUGCCAGGUGGCACACUGUGCCUCAUCCCGACAGAUAAUCUCUCAUUGGAAGAAUUGCACACGACAUGACUGUCCUGUUUGCCUGCCAUUGAAAAACGCUGGAGACAAGAGGAACCAGCAGUCGCUCCUCAACAGUGCAGGGGUGGGUUUGGUGAACUCUUUAGGAUCGGGGGUGCCAGGUGGACAGUCCAACACGCCCAAUCUGAACCCCCCAAACCAGAUUGAUCCCAGCUCCAUAGAGAGGGCCUACGCUGCGCUGGGUCUCACUUACCAGGGAAACCAGAUGCCGCAGCAACAAUCGACCAACAUGCCAAACCAAGGGCUGCAGGGGCAGCCUGGAAUGAGGACUCUAAAUACCAUGGGAGCAAACUCUAUGGGAGUGAAUGGUGGAGUGGGAGUGCAGUCCCCCAACCAGUCUACACUACUGCCAGAUGCCAUGUUGCACAACAACAUGAAUGUACAGAGUUUGAUGAAUGAUAGUUUGGGGAGCCUGGGAUCCAUGCCCACAGCAACCCCUCCUUCGGCUGCAGGCAUGAGGAAGUCCUGGCAUGAGGACAUCACACAGGACCUCCGUAACCACCUUGUCCACAAACUCAGUGUACAGGCCAUCUUCCCCACUCCCGACCCUGCUGCACUGAAGGAUCGGCGGAUGGAAAAUCUGGUGGCUUACGCUCGAAAAGUAGAGGGUGACAUGUACGAGUCAGCUAACAGUAGGGCGGAGUACUACCACCUGCUGGCAGAGAAGAUCUACAAGAUCCAAAAGGAGCUGGAGGAGAAGAGGAAAACGCGGCUCCAAAAGCAGGGCAUGAUGCCCGGCCAAACUGGACUAGGCUCCCCAGGCCUCCCACAGGGGCCUCCAAGCAUGGGACAGCCGCCCAUGAUGCCAGGGCAAUCCCCAAAUGGUCCUCACAUCGAUCCGUCCAUGGUCCGACCAGCCGGACCCAAUCAGAUGGUAAACAGGAUGCAGAACCCAGCAGGAAUGAACCAGUUUGGGCAGAUGGGGAUGCAGUCGAUGGGUCAGAGGUCGACCCCUCCUCUAGGUUCUCCAAUGAACCAGAUGGGUAUGGGUGCAGCAAGAAUGGGUCAGCCCAAUGCCACACAGUUACAGAACCAAUACCUCCCCCAAGGCCAGUUUCCCGGGUCCAGUCCUGGACAUGGUUCUGGUCCUAGUGGCAUGAACCAGCCCGGGCCACAGACUACAGUGCCACAGCAGAACCAGAUGUCAACGCCGCCUUCCCUCCCAGUCAGUAGUCCUGCACCACAGUCUGCCUCUUCUGCUCCGGGCUCUGGGACCCCUGGAGGCUCCAUGGGGCCUGGUAGUGCCACCGGUGCUGGGUCUCUACCCAGUUUGCCUCAAUCCUCCAACCCCAGCCAGCCCAACUCCUACCCACACUGCCCGUCCAUCCGAACAAACUCGCCAUCACCAGCUCGCAGCUUAACGCCUCAACCUCAUCAAACACCCCCCACGUUACCUGGUUCUCAAACCCCACAGCCACACACUCCGAGCACACCUCAGCUACCACCGCAGCAGCAGCAGCAGCAGCAGCAGCAGCAGCAACAACAACAACAGCAACAAACUUUACAGCAGCCGCCAUCAGUACAGUCAGUGAAUUCUGAGAAGGCCGGUCAGCAUCCACAGAAGACGCUUGGGGGUCCGGCUUCCUCAGGCCCCCAAGCAAGUCAGACUUCUUCAGUGCCCAACCAGAAUUCUCAUGUGCCACCACAGCUGCCCAGGACCCCACUGUCUGCAAAGCCUUCUCUGACAGGAGAUUGUCAGGUAUCGUCCCCAGCCUCGGUCAACAGCAGCACUGAUGCCAGCUCCCAACCAGCUCCAUCAGAUGGCCCUGCUGCAAGCCAGGAAGACGUUAAAAUGGAGGUGAAGAAGCAGGAGGAAGAGGAAGAUGAAGGGACUGACUCGCAAGGAGAGGGCAAAGGGAAUAUGGGAAAGGGUCAGGCUGACGUGAAGAAAGAGGAGAAACCUGAAAUAAAGAAAGAGAAGCUCUCGUCGGAUGGGUGUAAAGGAGAGCCCAUGGAUACAUCUUCGUUCUCGACGUCGUCGUCUGUAACAACAGGUGAAGACAAGAAGCCGGAGGUGAAGAAAGAGCCCAAAGAGGAGGAUGAUGGGUCAGCAUCCGGGACCAGUUCCCCAGCCAGCUCCCAGUGCAAGAAGAAGAUCUUUAAGCCGGAGGAGCUGCGUCAGGCUCUGAUGCCCACGCUGGAAGCUUUGUACCGGCAGGACCCUGAGUCCUUGCCCUUC